UUUCACACAGCAUUUUAAUCCAGCCAUCCUUACUUAGCAAGGUCCUGCAGAAUGCCAAAAAAAUAGAGCUCAGGAUGAUAAGCCUUUGCUUUUUCAAAAUCUCAUACCAUUACACUGCCAAUUUUGCCUUUGUUUCUUUAUUAUAUUGCCAAUUUAUUUGGGAAUGUUGAUGGAACAUGAACUGUUGCCACGCCUAUGGUCUCAAAGUCUUUCUCUGUCCCUAUCUUUGUAUACCCUUGACUCCAAUCAUUUUGAUAUUUGUUUCGCAUACCCACCAGAUGCAUAGAUACUUUCCUUAUUCACCUUAUAUGCAUGAUGAUCACCUAUUGGUCUUUUUUUUGUUCUGAAUGAUGGCCUCUGCUUUGUACUUUAUAUUUUUAUUUCAUUUUCAUUUACAUUGCAUCUGCUUCUUUUGACCUAUGUUCAAACUUAAUUUUAAUUCUUAUUGCUUUUUGAGGUAGGUAAGACACGAAUUUCUGUGCCAUGCUAACCAGCGUCAUUCAUAUUUGGCCAUAUGCUAAGUCGGGACAUUAUUUAAGUCACAGAACCACUGCAUCGUCAGACAGCCCUGGUGCCUCACCUAAUGCUGCCGUGUGCGCCAGUGUGACCUGCCCGGCGGCCCGAUGGGCUCCAGUGAGGUGCUGUACCAGCCGCUGCUGGGCGAACCUCCCACCGAGACGCUGCUCUCCGGCAGCGGGCGGCUCCGGCUCCGGUUCCGGCACGUGCUCCUGGUCGCCGUGGCGCUGCCGCUGUUCGGCUUCCUCUUCUGCGUCGGCUGGUCGCUGCUCUUCCACUUCGAGUCAGCGACAUCAACCCACUGCAAGGUGGCCAACUACCUCCCCUCCCUGUCAGCAGCCAUAGGAAACUUCACCGUGCAGAGGCGCGUCUGGAAGGCAGUGAUCGCGCUGCACGCGCUGCCGCGCUUCCUGAUCGGGUACCUCUACUACGGCUACUGGCGGCGGACGCUGGCGCCGCUCCACUCAGCUCGACUGCUGCUUCUCACAGCACAGGUUUUCUACGUCAGCGAGAAUUUCGGCCUGCUCGGUCUGUCGUUUGUGACGUCAGCGGAGAAUUUCCCCGUGCACAAGUCGGGGUUUAUUUUGUUCCUGACGUCGGCCGGCUUCUAUAUGCUGCUGACGAUCUGGCUAAGUGGCCUGCCCCGCGCGAGAGUCACAACACGCCGCGAGAGAGUCUCCAGCCGGAGGAAACGCCUCCUGUUUGGAGUCUAUUGCACGUGUCUCACGUUGUCUAUGUACUUUUACGCGAGGCAUAACGAGAGCUGCGAGGCUGGUAUCUACACGCUCUUUGCGCUCAGUGAAUACCUGGUGGUGUUGUCUAAUAUAGCGUUCCACGGCACCGCUUAUUGGGAUAUGUAUGAGAGGGUGUUCGAUUUCGGUACAUGCAAGUGGUCGUAGCCGCAAGAGUCUGUUGGGCCUUGGUGAUCUAGGGCAUGAGCUAGACGGAAUCUGAGCAUUUCAAUCUCGGUUGUUUUGCUUUGGAAAUCAUCUAUUUUUUACCACUUUCUACAUUGUUUGUUAUUUUGCCUUUAUAAGUGCAUCCUGAGUGCAUGUACAGCCGCAUCGUGCGCGUACAUUAUGGUGCCGAGUACCACGACGUAUACUCGUAGUAAUACACCUGCGCGGAUGUGGCCGUGAUUUCCAAUGGGCUCAAAGAUUUGGGUCUUAGUUGCAUGUCUUGGCUCCCUCCUGUGGUUCGGUGAUGAGAGUUGGUCAUGUUUGUCUUUUUCGCAGUGUUUGGUUUCUUCAUGGUCAAACUCACAGUUCAGAUAUACCGAUUUUUUGUGUGUAUUUAUCUCAGCCUGUGUUGUUUAUUACACCAAUCUUCUGUAGCAUACCGCUGGAGUCCGUCAUGCCUUCUGUUUAGAUGGAUUCCUAAGGUUCAUUCAUUCCUGUGCUGAUGUUGGGUGUAUUAAUUGUGGUGCGAUCUUGAUUGUGAUAUUUUUGGAAGACGUUCGUCUCAUUAUUGAUCGUUCAUGGCCGCGGAAGUGCGUUUUGACCUUAUUCGUGGAUGUGCCUUGUAUUUGGACACUGGACGUGGUUGUUAUUUAUAAUACAUGCUUUACAUACAUCCUCA